UACAACUAGAAUUACUUUCAAGCACCAAGUACUAUUAGCACCUCAAAAUGACUGCUUCUUGAGCGGCCAACCCUUGCAUUCUCGCGCUAUGUGCCCAAACUAGCUUGCACCGCUUCUAGCGCGUCAGGGCGGGGCCUAGACGGAUGGAAGCCUUAGACGCGCAGGACUCGCUGCAGCUGGACGUGGUCUCCCCUUCAGCCCGGCCAGCAGCGGCAGGCGGAGACAAACGAGACCCUGAACGCUUCUAUUGCCCUUACCCCGGCUGCAAUCGGAGUUUCGCGGAGCUAUGGCGCCUAAAGGUCCAUUAUCGAGCUCCUCCGGACAUUCGGGGGAGUGGGAAGGAGCGAGGCCACGGAACGGAGCUCACCCACUGCCCGAAAUGCGGAAAAACGCUUAAGCCGGGCAAGCACCACGUCGGGUGCUCAGGCGGCAAAAGCGCCCCUCGGCAAACAGCCAGCAAGCGCAAUAGAACGGGAGCCGACGACGCGGACGAGGCGGUGCCGGGCUCCCCGCACAGCAAGCAUGUGCGGGGCACGGACAUGGAUGGGGACCCGCACAAGUCCUGGCAGGACUUCGCGCUCACGCACGCGGGCUACGCUAUUGGCGCGCCCGCGAUGCUUGCACCGCUGAAGCAGGAGCACCCAGAGUGGCCGCCGACCGUGCCCCAGGGCGUCUUCGUUGGACACGGAGACAGGGUGAGCUGGCUGCCGGGCCAGGUGAACGGCUUCGUGCCGCAGCUGCAGCCGCAGCGGUACCAGCAGCCGCAGUUCCCGCCGGAGCUGGCGCAGGCCUUCGCCGCGGCGGGCACACACGCCCCGCACGUCUACGCGCAGCAGGUGCCGUUCGCGAGCAUACCCGGCUACCCGGGCCAGCCGGGCGUCGCGACGUUGCAAGUCACGACGGAGUCGGGCCAGGUGCUGUCCAUCCCCGCCAACAUGGCUGGCAUGCCGCCAGGCAUGGCCGGGUUGCCCGGCACGCUCGUGUACCACCAGCAGCCGCCGCCGCACGACGCCGCCGCCUCCUACCUGGCACAGGCGCAGGCGCAUGCCCAGCACGCAGCAGCCAUGCACGCGGUGAACAGCGCGCACGCGCAGCAGCAACAACAACAACAGCAGCAACAGCAGCAGCAGCAGCCCGGCGUGCCUGCGGCGCCGCCAGCCGUGCCCGGCGUGCACGACGGCAUGCCGCCGGGCACGGUGGCCGCCGCCGCCGCUGCGGCGGCGGCAGCAGCAGCAGUCGGGGGGAGUGCACCAAGCGCGUUGCAAACCGAUGUUGGGGGGCGACCAGGCGCGGCAUUGCCGCCGCAGGCGGCGCCGGGGACGGGCGCGGGGCAGGGCGCGGGCGCGCCGGCAGGCGCGGCCGACGGUGGCGCGGCGCCCGCGGCAGGGGACGCUGCCGCUUCCGGCGGUGCCAAGCCUGUCGCGGAUGAGGACAACCUGGGCACCGUGUUUGACGACGUGGAGGAGUUCACGCGCGACUUUGGCCGCAUCCCCUCCCCGCCUCCGCUGCCGCCCGACUUCCACACCGCCGCCACCGGCGGCAACGGCAUGCUGUUCAACUUCUCGCAGUUCGGGCAGAAGCUGCCGCGCACGCAGUCGCACACGCGGCUGGACCGCAGCCUGUCGGCGGUGGGGCUGGGGCACCUGGACGUGGGGGUGGACGGUGACGUAAUGUACGACCACACGGACGACGGCGACCUCAUGCAGCUGCUGUUCGGCGUGCCCGACGAGCUGCCCACCAUGGCCACCAUCCACCUGCACAAGUGGAGCAAUGAGGAGGACGAGGACGACGACGCCGCCGAGCCGGGAGGAGGCGGCGCGGCGGCAGCAGGAGGAGGAGGAGGAGCAGCAGCAGGAGCAGGAGGCGAGGGCGGAGGAGGAGCGGGAGCAGGAGGAGGAGGAGCGGGAGCUGGGGCUGGGGAAGCGAACGCGGCGGCGGGGCGAGGCGGCGCCGGGCCGGGGCCAGGGUUGGAGGCGGGCGGCGGCGGAGGAGGAGGAGGAGCUGGCGAGGGCGGGCCAGGCGCGGGGCAGCAGCCGCCGCACCACCAACAGUCGGUGGGCGGGCAUGACCAGCGGCCGCUGAACGGGAAAACGCUUCACGGUCACGAUGCGUCAUUAGCGGUGCUCCCGGCUCCUGGCGGCAAGUCGCUCAUGAAUGGCGGCGCGGGGCAUGCGGGCGAGGAGCAUCACAGGGACCACUUGUUGGAUGCGGAGACGUUCCGACUGCUGCAGUCCUGCGAUUAGGCGGCGAGACGAGCCCUGGCUGCGUGCCACGACCGUGUGUGUCUGGUGUGUGUGUGUGUGUGUGUGUGUGUGUCCUUGUGCCACCCUCGCGGCGCCGCCUGCCGCUGGAACCCAGUUCCUCAAAAGUCGUCAGUAUUGCGCAUCAACGGUAAUAAGAGCAGCAGCAACAACAACAUCAACAAUCCAACAAAUGUUGUGCAAGUGCGUGUCGCGUAUGAUGUGCGGUUUUGGGGCGGAUGGGGUGGGGGGUUAGAACUAUGAAUUGCAAGUGCCCGCGUCGGGAGCAGUCCGCCCUUGACUUCGUCGUAAGCUGCCGCACUCACCUUCAGCCGGCGGGGCGCUCUGAGCAGCUGGCGCCAACAGCAGCUGGCGCCAUGCGUCGGCGUGGUCUGUGCUCAUUGAGUGCGGGGCAAAGCGGCGGCGGGGCUGUUUGGAUGCUCAUGGUGCUUGUGUACACAAUUUCGCGCAGUUUGCGGACGGUGGUGCACCUGGUGCUUGGUAGAGCUGUGUCACUGCUGCAAAGAGGGCGGGGGGCUCAGGCCAUGCCGUAAGCCUUUGCUGCCACUCCCUGUGUGGAGUGCAUGGGCCUGGUAACGUUGUCCGGGCGGCACUGCAGCGGUGCCGCACAGCCCAAAGUGAGGACGGCCAGCGGCGAGGGCGGCUGGGUUGGGUUGGAGUGGCAGCACUCCCGUACGGCACGCCGUUUCCGCGGCCGUGCCAUGUGUGUGUGUGUGUGUGUGUGUGUGUGUGUGUGUGUGCAUGUGUAUUGCGUGCAGCCGUGGCACUGGUGGUGUGUAUGUGUUCGUGUGUGUGCGUGUCUGUCUGUGUGUGUGCGGGGCAGGACCGCGGGGUACCGCUGGGCAGUGGGUACCGCCGUUAGGCCGCGCAGUGCUGGCGCCGCCCCCUUACAUAACUACGAGGUUUGUGUGCGUGCAGUGCAGUGCAUGGCCGCUGUGUCAAGUAUGCAUUGUUGGCAAUCUAUCUAUUCGUGUGUCCGUGGCGGGCCCGGGGUUUACACAGCGCUGCUUGAAGGGGACAUGUGACACUUGUAGUGGGGUGACUGCGGACCUGAGAAGUGCGCGAGGUAUGACACCAGGGGCUGCGCCGUGGGGGACACUGAAUUGCCGGCUGCUGCUGACGGCCCACGCGCACCGCACCUCCUGCUGCUUUCAAGGCGGGUUCCAUUGCCCUCUAGUUGCUACGCAUUGAACGCGGUUGAGUGUAUCUUAUUUGCCAACGACGGCUGCGAGGGCGCCGGUCGGCGCGCCCGGCUUAAAAUUUUGUGUGGAAGCGCCUCGCUGACGUACAAUACGUAUUAUACACGGCGCUAUGAAUGGUGGUGACGACCGUGUGUGUGGCCCGCACAUGCUGACACGCCGUGCGGAUCAUCACGGCUGCGGCGCACGGUUGUGAAGGUUACUGCACAGAAGUUGCACGCUCGCGCGGUAUGUGUGUGUGUGUGGAGGUAUGGCCGGCGCUGCGGCGUAUGCGCAGCAGGCCCUGUGACGCCGUCGCCGCCGUGGUGGUGUGUGCCUGGCCGGGUGGUGGCGGGGCGGCGGCGGAGGUUCGCCCCUCCCUCUCGCCGCACCCCCCUCCCGGACCUGAGCCGAGGCGCGGCUGAUUCAAGACCACAAACCCAAUCCUUGCACCGGUGCUGCGUCCGCCGCACCCACGAAGUUGUGUUGCCUGCAAUCGGCCUUUCGGCGGUGGCCGCAGGCAUGCCCGUGGGUGCACGGCGCAGGCGCGCUUGAUACUCGCACAGACAACAAAACGCGACGCGCCUUGCCGUCCGUUGCGCUCCGUGUUUGGGGUCCCCGACCUUGCGUUCCUUGUGUCGGGGCCCUUUCAGGAGGCCGCGCGGAAUGGGCAGCACCCACAAUAUACAUGAUAGGGUUAUAGGGCGCACUCGUGUUUGGUGGGUGCCCCUCGUCAGAGAGCAAUGGGUAGUGUGUAUGUGCGUGUGCGGGGUGGUGCGGUGUGCGUAUGCCAAGCGCGCACCGCAAUCACGAGCCGGCGGGGUUUUGCCACGCCGUUGCCUGCAAGACGGCAUGGUUGGGCCGUUUACCCGGAGCACAGCACGCACGUAAUGUAGGGACAGGGAAGGGUGUGCGCAGGCAAGGCGGCGGUGCGGAUUGCAGGGCGACUGGGCAGUUUUUGGGUGUGCGGCGGCGCGUGGGCGUGUUGGUGUGUGCGCGUCAGGUCAGGUCGGUGCAUGAGGAUGGAUUGAGGGGUGGCGCCGCCCACCUGAGUGAACAGGUGUGGUUGUUGUUUGACGGGACCCGCCGCACGCCGGUGGGCAGUUCGGAGUUCACAGGUCUACUGCUCCUUGAGUGCGCCUCCGUGGCCGCCCCCACUGACCCUGUGUUUUUGCGCUCGAUGGAUAACGGCACUGCUGGAUCGGGAGGGAGGGGUGCGAUCUGUGGAUGUGCGACACGACGUGCUGACCAUACCUCCAAGAGACAAGUUAUCAUCAAGGUUGGCGGACGCGCGAUGAUGGUGUUGUUGGGAUGGGGCUCCGGCCCAAGCUCAUGAGCGGCUGCUAGAGGCAAAGCGUGGCACAUCGGCGCGCGGUGCUGAAGCGCCGAGUCAUAUACACACACACGCCUGUCGCGGUCGGUGGGUAAAGAUGUGUGUGGCAUCAUCAGGAGUGGUCCCAAGAAGGAAUUAGGGUGAGGUCCGAGGACAUACCGUAUGCAUGCAAAUUGAUGGGGGGAAGCUGUACGUUGGCGGCGGCGGCACGGGACAGGACCCCAAGAGAGGAGAGCGAGCAAGGAGCGUGGGGACGGCGGCCGACAGCGGCAGUGCGGGGGGUUAGGAGUGGCGAGCAGCAAUAAUUUAACCUAUGAGUUAUGCCUUUGUCGCUUUCGCUCCACCACUGCUGAGUAGUAAGAUGGGGGGCAGGGGCAGCUGAGGCUGCAGAGCCUGCAGAGGGGUACCAUAUUCCGGGUUUCCGCGGCGUUGAUGUGAAUGAAGUUCCCAA